AUGAGCGGAUACACACACUCAGAGCCCUUCAAUAUAGGCCUACUUCCUGUGGGUGCAAUUCAUAGGAUAUACUACGAGCAAUAUGGCAGAGAGGAUGGAAAGCCAGGUCCGCCUCUCAAAGACCCCACGUCGAGGUGGAAAGCUGCUAAUUAUCAUACAGUCAUUUUCUUGCACGGAGGGCCUGGGGGUUGCACUUCUAGAAACAACACGACCUAUUUUGAUCCGGCCGUCUAUAGAGUGAUCCUACUUGAUCAGCGCGGCACGGGAAAAUCCGAGCCCACUACUGAGCUACGUGAAAACACCACGCCGGACCUUGUUUCCGACAUCGAAGCACUUCGUCAACAUCUGGCAAUCUCUAAGUGGCAUCUUAUCUUCGGUGGGUCCUGGGGCACGACGCUCGCUCUGCUGUAUGCCCAAGCUUACCCGCAGUUCGUGGGGUCGAUGAUUCUGCGGGGGAUUUUUACGGCAAGUAGGUUGGAGGUUGCGUGGUCAAGAGGAUCAUUGGGCGCAGCCAACGUCUACCCAGAAGCGUGGCAUGUCUUCCAGCGCUAUCUGCCCGAGGAUGAACGUCAUGAUAUUACCGCUGGCUAUUAUAAGCGGCUUACGUGCGAUCAUCAUCCAACGCGUCUAGCAGCGGCCAAAGAAUGGAAUCGGUGGGAGUUGAGCAUUGGAGAGUUGAGGGUUGACGAGGGCGGCUUCAAGAAGUUAGAUGAUUAUGUGUGGUCUUGGGCGCAUGCUCUCUUGGAGGCGCAUUAUGCGGUGCAUGACUUUUGGUUGGAGGAUAGACAGAUUUUCAAGCCGAAGAACUUGGCAAAAAUCCGGCAUAUUCCUGGUAAGCAGAUAAGGUCUCCCUUCUGGAUUUAA